CUAACAAUAGAGCGUCGCAGCAGACAGAAAAAAAAACAACAAAUAUUUGCAUGUCAAUAAAAUAAACAUUCUUUACCUACCUUAAAGCAAGCGCAGUCUUGUCAGUCGGCGGGAAAGAUGGCCAACUCGAAUAGCAAUGUGCGGUGUAUCAACUACUACGACCUGUGUCGCAUCUGUACAGACAGUAGUGACCAGAACACCAACGUAUUCUCGGCCGAGGGACGCGCCAAGAAUCUGAGCUCAAAGAUAUACGAAUGCCUGUCCUUGCAGAUUGACGAAAAGGAUCGGCUGCCCAAGGUGGUUUGCGGCCAGUGCGUGCAGCAAGUGGAGCAGAUUCAUUCCCUGCGCCACACUUGCAAGAAGUCCCAGACGAUGCUCAACGACUGCCUGAACAUUCCCCCGAUCCAGAGCCACAACGACAAGCUCUACAUCAAAGAUGACAUCGACGACACAGGCGAGAGUCUCAGCGUGGUGGGCAGCAGCUCAGUACAGUCCACUCCAGCCAGUAGCAGCAGCAGUCAAUCCAAUAAUCUGCUCAGCAGUAUUAUCCAGGCGGUGGGCAUGCAACCCCAGCAGCAAUUUACCAUCACGGUGGACAACACUCUGCAACAGGCGCCUCCGCCUCCGGUCCAGCCCAAGUCGGAGAAGCAAUCUGUCUUGGAGGAGUUUAUACGUCUUAAGCCAGAGAUCAAAAUAACUCCCUUGGGCAAGAAGGACCCCAGUAGUGUUCCCGUUUCCGCAGUCCCUAGAAAGCCACAACAGCAGUCGGGGACGCCGACUUUACAGCCGCCGCCUCUGCAGCCACAAACAAUGAGAAAUACAGCCACCACUCCACAGAUGCAAUUACAGCCAAUGCUAAGCGAGCAGUCCAUCUGGCAGCAGAUACAACAACUCCAGCUGCAGCAACAGAUCCAACAGCUUACCAGUCUAUUGGCGGCCAACACUCAGUUCUCGGCAUCAGAGGACGGCUCCAGUCCGAGCGAAAACAAGACACCAAAGCUCAAUUUUGUGCAAUCCGCGCCAGCUGGACCCCAAUUUACCACAUCGCUCCCUCAGUUUGCUGGAGCCCAGCCCCAGUUGCAGCUGCAGUUAAUGCCCGUUGGGGGAGCAGGUACAGCAGCUGCGGGGCAAACGCAGUUGAAUGCCACAGCUCUGCUCUCCAGCCUGUCUAGCCCGCAGACGGGCACGAGUGCAGGGGCAGGAAAUAUUCUGUCGCCCAACAAAUGUUUCCUGCCCAUAACCAUUCGCGACGAGAACUCCGAUCAACAGAUAGUGGCGCACAUUGAUACCAAAAAUCUGGUGCUGCCCACCACUUACCAGGUGCAGAUGAAACUGCAGCCACAGCUGGCCACCGCCGAUGGUCAGCCAAUCAUGGAGUUGACGUCCACGUCCAUUCCAGCCACACUACAGCUGACGCCGCAGACCUUGGGCAAUGCAAACAAUUACCAGGGCGCCACCCCAGCAGUCCCGUCUACAGGACAAUUUCAGAACAUUUUCAUUUCGCCCCAGCCUCCACAACAACAAUCGCAGCAGACGUUUCAGCAGCCGAAACAUCCGCAACUUUCAUCACACACAGCGACAGUGACAUCUCAGCAGAUCAUCAGAUCGCCUACGUCGAAUGCUACAACUCCGCAGCUGCUGAUAAGAAAUGUCCCCGCCGUAUCGACCAUGGCCAAGAACAUCAAAGAUGAGCCGACCUUUACGAUUCCCUCGCCCAGACAAAGGCAAAUGCACCCGCAGCAGCAGCACCUACAGCAACAAGCAGUAAACCCCAAAAAGAAUACUUCGCAAACGUCAUCGUCUGUAUCCCAGCAACAAUCGCCUGUUCGCAGUGCAGAGCUUAAGCGCGUGAUGGCCCAGGUGAAACAACUGCCGCCUGUGGAUCCCUCGCCAACAACCACAGCGUCCAAUACGGCUGCCUUGCAGCGACUUUCCUCGAAUACCACCAUCACGAAGGUGGCCAAGCCGCAGACAGUGCCGGCUCGCUCGAAUAUGCCGCUUCUAAACAAACAGAACAUAACAAUCAGUCGAAUCCCCGCGCAAACUGUAAACCAAACGAACCUCCCCAAACCAUCUAUUCCAGCUCCUGCUCCAGCUCCAUCUCUGGCCACUGCAAUACAUAAACCGACUCUUGACCCUUCUCCAAUGCACCCUCCAAUAGCAGUGCAACACAAGAAAAUAAUGAUGGAGAGACAAGAGAAGCAAGCGCCGAUAUCAAAAAUUCAACGCCCGCCGCAGCCCAUCUGCCCAGCGCCUGGUAAGUCUCCGGAUGCGCCUCCUCCCGGUCUGACCUGCCCCAAGUGCAAUCGCGAGUUCAAGAAGAGGGAGCAUCUCGUCCAGCAUAUAAAGCUGCACGCAGGCCUGCGUCCCUACAAAUGCACGGAGGAGCAGUGCGACAAAGCCUUCAGUCGCAAGGAGCACUUGUCGCGGCAUCUGAUCUCCCAUUCGGGCAAGAAGCUCUUUAUAUGCGAGGCUUGUAAAAAGCCCUUCUCCCGAAAGGACAAUUUGAGCAAGCAUAUGAGAAUCCACACACAUCCUCCGAACGAGACCCUGUACUGCUGCGAUGUUUGCAAUAAGAACUUUGCCACCAAGCUGCACUACGAGAAGCAUCGGGAAAUGCACAAGAAGCCACGGACAGCUCCUGUUUCUACUGUUACUUCCUCCACGACAGUUCGAAGCAAUGGCCAAGCUUCGUCAAAGGAUCUUACAUUUGAAAUCAAACAGCAAACUUCGCAGCAGCAAAAGCAAACUCCGGCUCAACCGCAUCAGACUCAAAUUAUGCAUGUGGUCACCACCCAGGAUCACGCUGGGAAUACCAUAACUAUUACCCAGGCCCCCGACUCAAAUAUGCCCUCAUCUCUGAACUAUGUUCAGCUGGGCUUCCCCAACUUUCCCAGCUCGACCGCUAACCAUUUAGUUUGUAAAAAGUAGACUGUCACCAAAACGAAACUUAGAUCGUACUAGUCCUUUGGAUCAGUCAGUUUGGUUUAAUCUGACUGCUGG